AUGGCGGAUAGAGAGCUUCAACCAGAAGAGAAACUGGCCCUGAUCAAAACACAAUUGUCAGAGGUCCUUCACCAGGACAUCCUCGAAGAUGUCAUUAUCAAGCAAAAGAGACCCUUGGUCAUUUACUGGGGAACGGCGACAACAGGGAGACCGCACUGUGGCUACUUUGUCCCCAUGAUGAAAAUUGCCCACUUCUUGCGUGCUGGUUGCCUUGUCAAAAUCCUCCUGGCUGAUAUCCACGGCUUCCUCGACAACCUCAAGGCCCCUAUUGAGCUCGUCAAAUUCCGUGCAGAGUAUUACAAAUUCAUCAUUUCUUCACUACUCAAAACUGUCGGCGUCAGCCUUGAGAAACUCGAAUUCGUCCUUGGCUCCUCCUACCAGUUGAGCGCAGACUACACUAUGGACAUCUUCAGAUUGAGCAGUGUUGUUACCGAACACGAUGCUAAGAAAGCUGGUGCCGAGGUGGUCAAGCAGGUAGACAAUGCGCCUUUGUCAGGCCUCAUCUAUCCUCUGAUGCAAGCUCUGGACGAACAGCACCUUGGUGUUGAUGCCCAAUUCGGAGGUGUCGACCAGCGGAAGAUCUUUGCUCUCGCACAAGAAGUCCUGCCCAAGGUCGGAUACAAGGAACGAGCCCACCUCAUGAACCCUAUGGUACCGGGCCUUGCCGGAGGAAAGAUGUCUGCGUCAGACCCGGACUCCAAAAUUGACAUUCUCGAUACUGCAGAUGCAGUGAGGAAGAAGCUGAGAAAGGCAUAUGCAGCAACCGGUGAGGUUGAAGGAAAUGGUAUCAUCUCUUUUGUGGAGUAUGUUUUGCUUCCCAUCAGUAGUCUACGUGAUCCCCAAGGUAAAGGCACCUUUGUUUGCAACAAGAGAGAAGGCGAAGGUGAACCCCUGAUCUAUCACGACAUUGAGGCUCUGAAAGCGGACUAUCUCGCGGACAAAUUGACACCACAACUGCUCAAGGCUGGUGCCACUGAGGCAUUGGUGGAAUUGCUCGCUCCGAUUCAAGCAGAAUUCCAGGCAUCUUCUGAAUGGCAAGCUAUUGAGAAGAAGGCUUACCCACCUGCAGAACCUGCGAAAAAGGAGAAGAAAAAGAAAGACAAAGGGUCCAAAUAUCCUGGAGCUGGUAACGUCCAGGCUACUCCGGAUGGAUCUGUCGAAGGCAAGGGCAAGGAGGAGGUGGAGGUUAGUAAAUCUGCGGGUGAAGCCUUGUCACAGCUGAAUAUCAACGGCGCAUCUUGA